CGCCCGCGAGGGGGCUGCAGUCCCUUCUUCCUUUAGGUGCAGCUGCUCCCCUCCCCACUUCUUCGGGAGAGCUGCAUCCGGGGCUACCGGAUGCUACACGCGCCGGCCCCUCCCCUCCCUUGGGGUCCACCGCCUCCGGGGCUUGAGCGCUGGGUUCCUUUCACCGCAGGCGGCUAGGGCGGUGCCAGUCAUGUCAGCGGCAGGGGCGGCUGCGGGCCGCGGCCUGAAACCCGCCGCUCCCUACCUGCCCCCGGCCGGGGACGGGCACGGCAGCCGGGGGAGCUUCCUGGGCCCCCGGCCGCCGGCCGCGGUGGAGGCCAUGGCCCGGCAGUUGCGGGACCUGGACAAGGACCUGUUCCGGCAGCUGCUCAAGGUGGUGGUGAACGCCCUGCGGGGCGAGGACUGCCGGGGGGCCACGCGGCGGAUCGUGGACUCGUCGCCGCUGUCGGAGGCGCAGCUCGGCGUCUUGGUCGCGGGCAUGUACGCACUGCUCCGGGAGGCCCUGCGGCUGCCGGCGUCCGCCCUCAAGCCCGACACGUUCCGAGAAGACCUCCAGCAGCUGCAGGUGCCCGACGAGUUUGUAGCGGAUUUUGCCACCGUGGUUUUUGGCAGCCGGCGUCCCGACCUGGACGUCCUGGCCCGGGCGCAGGGCGCCCGGCUGCCCUCGGUGGAGGACUUCAGGUGGAGGGUGGACGUGGCCAUCUCCACCAGCUCGCUGGCCCGCUCCCUGCAGCCGUCCAUCCUGAUGCAGCUGAAGCUCUCGGAUGGGAGGGCCCAUCGGUUUGAGGUGCCCGUGGCCAAGUUUCAAGAACUAAGGUACAACGUUGCCUUGAUCCUGAAAGAAAUGAAUGACCUCGAAAAGAGAUGCGUCCUUAAAAUCCAGGACUAACGCCCGCCUGCCCGUGCAUUCAGCGCCGAAGACCCCCAACAAGCCUCCUCUUAAUGACCGAACCCAGAAUCAUGAAACAUAAUGUCUCUCAACGUUGUACCGUUUCUUACUGUCCUGUAAAUAUUUUUCAAUUAAAAUACUGGUUAAGAAAAAACAAGCUUAAAUUAGGGUGUUUUUCUCCCAAAAAUGCUUAUGAAGAUGACCGUUUAUGUUUGAAAUCAGUUUUGUGUGAUUCCUAAGGAUACACUUUAAAAUAACCAAUAAACAUUGAAGACUUUCGAAAAAAGCCAUCACAAGGCAGGAUCUGCCUGUUGAAGAAGUAGACCAAGAACUGAUUGAAGAUGGUCAGUUUGAGGAAAUUCUGAAGAAACCCUGUCCCACACAAUACAGUGCUAUCAAAGAAGAAGAU